AUGCUACCUGGCUCUAUUCAGAUAACAGGAGAGGCACUGUCUGGGGCCGAAAUUAAAGAUAUUUGUGACAGUCUAAAGGAAAAUAGUGUCAGACUUUUAUCCGUACGAGGCUGUCAACUGUCUGAUAGAGAUUUCGGGCGGGUGUGUCGCGGCGUGGCUGAAUCGCACUCACUCGCGCAGCUCAACCUGAACCUCGGUGUGGUGUCCAACAUCAACCGGACGAAGCAACUCGCAGAUGCGCUCAAGGCCAACAGAUCAAUACAGACAUUGUUUUUGCAUGGAAGUCCUCUUUUAGAUGCAGGCUUGGUGGCUCUGAACACAGCGCUGUCAACCCAUCCCUCACUGGUAUCUCUGGAUUUGGGAGACUGCAUGCUAGGGGAUGAAGCUAUGGGACUGAUCUGUGGGAUGUUGCCUCCAGAUGGGGCCAAAUCAGGGCUCAGGGAGCUCACACUCAGUGCUAACCCAGCCAUCACAACCAAGGCCUGGGCUCGACUGGCUAUUGCUGUGGCACACAGCUCCCAGCUACGGGUCCUCAACUUAGACUACAACCCUUUAGGCGACCAGAUAGCUGGAAUGCUAGCAGUUGCCGUGGCGUCUAGUCGGACGUUGGAAGUUCUGGAUCUGGAAGGGACAGGACUCACCAAUCAGUCUGCCCAGAUCUUCCUUGACAUGGUGGAAAACUACCCUACCUGUCUGCGUGUCCUGGUCCUGGCUGAAAAUGCUAUAAGUCCUGAACUCCAGCAGCAGAUCUCAGACCUGCUAUCUGAGGGAGAGGAGGAGGAGGAGAAGGACAGUGAGGCUCGGGGUAGCGCGUUACCCCCCAGAGAGAAGCCCACCUGGGUGCCCCACAGCAACUCCAGCUCCCAGGUGGUCCUGUUGACAUCAGGACUGGGGGAAAGCCUAUUGGCUGAGACAGAGAUGUGA